AUGUCUGCUAAAGCCCAAAACCCAAUGCGUGAGCUAAAGAUCGAAAAGCUGGUCUUAAACAUUUCUGUUGGUGAAUCUGGUGACAGAUUGACCAGAGCUUCUAAGGUUUUAGAACAACUUUCUGGUCAAACUCCAGUUCAAUCUAAGGCUAGAUACACUGUCAGAACUUUCGGUAUCAGAAGAAACGAAAAGAUUGCUGUUCACGUCACUGUCAGAGGUCCAAAGGCUGAAGAAAUUCUAGAAAGAGGUCUAAAGGUUAAGGAAUACCAAUUGAGACUAAGAAACUUCUCUGCUACUGGUAACUUCGGUUUCGGUAUCGACGAACACAUCGAUUUAGGUAUCAAGUACGAUCCAUCCAUUGGUAUUUUCGGUAUGGAUUUCUACAUUGUCAUGGGUAGACCAGGUGCUAGAGUCACCAGAAGAAAGAGAUGUCAAUCUACUAUCGGCAACUCUCAUAAGACCUCCAAGGAAGACACCAUCGCUUGGUUCAAGCAAAGAUACGAUGCUGAUGUCCUUGACAAAUAA